AUGUUAACCGGGAAUGUGAAGCAACUACACUGGACGCAGCGCAUUGCGCUUGUCCGACACAACCUUCAUACUGCGAGUCGCAGCGGAGAUUUCAGCUUUUUCAAGCACCUCCAAGCGGCGGGCAUGAUGGAGGGCACCAACCACUUCGCAGAGCUCUCAGCCACGCUUGGAGACGAAGCAGAUACAGUCAUGGCUGCCAUGGAUAACCUCAACGGCGGUAUGGCCUACGUACACCAAGACGCAUUUCUCAACGUCUACAACAACGUAAAGAAUGCUAUGAGAGACGAGGAUAGUAAGCAAGCAGACCGGUCCAAACUCUAUGUCGAUAUCACCAUGCAGAAGAACAUGGCAGAAAUGGCCAUCGACAAGUUGUGCAACUCAGCCCUUGCUCUCAUCCACGAGCAGCCUGCUGCAGUGGCCCAAGAUCAGGCUGCGGAUGUCUUCAUCACUGGCCUCACUCUCAUCGCAGACUGUGUUGAGGUGGUCAUGAAGCAACUCGACAGUAUGGACCAGAAGAUGGAUGACUUCAUUCGCCUCGAAGAGAGCUGGAAUACUGUCAAAGCCUCCGUCAUUGCCGCCAACACUGGCUUGAAGGGAGUGUAC